AUGGCCUCACGAGGCCCCAAUGAAGGGUCGCCCAAGCCAGAAGUUGGCGACACCUUGAUUGUGAUACAUGAUUUCCAGGCUCGAAGCUCCGAUGAACUUAGUCUUGCGAAGGGCGACCGAGUUGAACUCAUAGAACGAGACGACGAGUUUGGUGAUGGAUGGUUCCUCGGCCGUCAUCUGGUAAACAAUAACAAUGGACUCUUUCCUGAAGUUUACACUAGGCCAGCCCCAAGAAAUAUUCCCACGAGCACUUUUAGUGCUUCAAAGGCCCAGACUGCUCAGCAAGAACAGGCUCAGAACUCGAGCGCUGAUACAGGUACCAAAGAAGAGAACGAGUUGCAACAACCACAAAAUAGGAACCCUGUGACAUUACCUCUCAAUAACGUCAAAUCUGAACCCACACUGGUGCCAAGCGAGCCACCUGUGUUGCCCGCCUUGAGCCAGCUAACGACUCAGAAUCAGGACAGCCCUGUCUUGCAUGAAACGCUCACUGUUAUUGACGAGCACAUUACCGAUUUACGAUCACCUGCGAGCAACGGCGGACUCCGAGCGAUAGCGAACGAUUCUGGAAGCGAAUACAGCAGCACCCAUCCCGAUCAACGAGCAUCGUACAUCCAAGGUGAAGAGACUGACGAAGAAGAGGAGGGUUUUCAUACACGAGACGAAGUCGAAUCGUGGUCUCCCGAUGAUGUUGCCGAAUAUCUUUUUACGUCGGGAGUCGAAAAGCACCAUUGCGAGGUCUUCAGAGACCAGGAGAUAUCCGGCGAGGUUAUCCUCGGUAUGGAUCAGAGCUCACUGUUCAUCAAGGCGUUCGAUCUUGGGUCUGUCGGCCGGCGCCUCAAGACUUGGCACAAGAUCAAGGCACUUCAGGAUGAAGUGAGUAACCAAGGUUUGGAGACACGACGUACGACGCAAACCUUUGGAAACGAUGGUUCAGAAGAAGGCCGUAGAUCUCGGAGCCGAGCAAACACCCUAACCAAUCGGCCCACUUCUAUUCAGACGAGGCGACUCUCCUUAUCACAGAAUACGCCAAAGGCAUCUCCAACAUUUGGAGGAUCUCAUGCGCAAGAGAGCUCUAACCGCGCUAGUCAUAUCAAGCGGCCAUCCGCGGCAUCGAUCAGGGAAUUGAACCAUUCGCGUCGACACUCUUCGUCAACUGAUUUUCGCCAAGCUGGCCCUGCGGCGGCAAGCCCAGCCGUUCCCGUUCCUAGGAUCGCGACAUCGGGUACUUUCCCCGGAAGCGAGACCGCCCAUAAAAAGCAGCCAUCAUUUGACAGAAACUGGACCCUGGGCAACGCUUAUUCGCAACCCCCCCAGCGGCCCCUUUCUUCAACUGGUCUUCAAGAUUUACUUAGCCCAUCGGGAGCAGAAGCACAGGAUUCUACUGUCGAUGCUGAUCGGGGUUACUUCUCUGGAACAGAGGUGGAUGGGAGGAAAAGAAACUUAUUGCGAAAGCGCGACAGCAAUGCUGAAUCGAGAAAGUCAAGCUAUGCGGAAGAGCAAAGGGUUAGAAGUGCCACAGCUAUGGCACGACAGUCAAGAUUCGGUAGCGUGGGGUCUAUUGCGGAAGGGGGUAUCUCGUCAGCAGCUCAGAAGUACUACGGUAUUCAGUCUGGCGCUCAUAGGAGAACUGCGUCAGCCGCUUCGGAAUCAACGAUGAAUAUGCCGCCACCCAACGACGUUCCUUCACCCACCGUCACCAAACUGGACACUUCAGUCAGUUCCGCUCGCUCAACCGCCUCACCUAUCUCAUCGAGACAUCAAGGUUUCAACUCGGACUGGCUGUCAUCAAUGGUCAACAAACCCAUUGCCCUGGCUGGAGGAAAGGGUAUGCGGGCCAUAUCUGAUAACCUUAGCCUUGAUCGAUCGAAGGCUUCAACUCCAACGGACUCAUCGAACAAAGAUUUCUUGGUCGACUCACCUGCGCGAACCGGCUCGACAACUCCAUCAGGUGGAGCAAGUUUCGAUCUUGAAUCUCCCGACACUGCCAAGAGUCCCAAUACUCCCGUAACCCAGGUCAACAAGAAGGCUGGUAAGAAGGGCAAGAAGGAAACGAGCGCCUACACCCGCGGGCUGCUCAAAAUCUCGCCAAAAGAAGCAAGCAAAGAUGCCGAUUAUAGUGGUUGGAUGAGGAAGAAGAGUUCCAACCUCAUGACAACCUGGAAGCCUCGUUUCUUUGUUCUCAAGGGCCGACGGCUGGCAUAUUAUUACUCAGAAGAUGACGACCAAGAAAAGGGACUCAUCGAUAUCUCAUUUCAUCGAGUUCUACCAGCAGACAAUGAGAAACUCACAGGUCUUCAUGCUACGAUCACAAGCCUUGGAGGUCAGUCAAUGCCUGCAUCCCAGAAUGGCGAUGACAACUUGGAGAAGGGGGAUGACUCUAUCUUCAUCUUCAAGCUGGUUCCUCCCCGAGCUGGCCUGUCCAGGGCUGUGAACUUCACAAAGCCAACCGUUCACUACUUCGCUGUUCCCAAUCUAAAGCAAGGUCGCCUAUGGAUGGCGGCCUUAAUGAAGGCAACAAUUGAUCGAGAUGAUACGAAGCCCAUCACUACGACGUACCAACAAAAGACAAUUUCUCUUUCUAAAGCCAAGCAGAUGCGUCAUCGCCCACCGGCUCUGAUGAACCUCGACGAAGGGGCUGAAGAGGACGCUGGUUCGGCCCGAAAGGAAGCCAACGGCCUGGGAAUUUCAUACGACGAAGCUGACAGCGGUGUUUCUGGCGUCGACAAACUCGCGGGCCAAAAGGCUGAAGAAGCCAAGUCAAGCCUCGAGUCCGAGAAAGAGAAAGAGAUCCCACAGACAGCUUGA